GUGAUGCUAUGUUUUUAAAGCGCGCAUUUGCGUUUUAUUUGACGUGUACCUACGAUCUUUUUAUAUAUUUAAAUGUAAUUGUGAUUUUUUUUAAUUAUUCAUGUAAUACUCUUACGUAUUGUUUAUAGUAUGUAAGCUUUAUUAAAUUAAAUGCGCCAAACUAACUUACUAUUCAGUUCCCUCCAAAACUAAAACUCGAUCAGUCUGCACUUAUAUACGUUCCCGCGUUAUGAUAAAACUAUGAGAACAAUGAAUGUAAUUAUAUGAUAAUGUAAUUGUACUGAAAUACAAAUAAAACAGUAGAUAAGCAAUAAACAUUUUGGAUCAAAUCUUUUCAUUUGUUAUUAAGGUAUUACAAAAGAAUAUGUUGUAAAUGGUGGUUCCUUCACGAGAAGACAAUCAAGAUCAGUAAACAAUGAUUAUUAAACUAGUCAAAGUAAUAAGUUGUUCUUCUGAACAUCCAUCUUACCCUGUAUCAAAUCUUCUUCAGCAUCAUUCAAAUGGAGGGUGGAGAUGUGCUAAACCUGGAGAAAUGCUUGCUACUGUUGUCUUUCAGUUGGCAGAACCAUCGUGUAUCACAGGAUUAGAUAUUGGUAAUUAUCGUAGUUGUGUGAUAAUUGUUACUGCUUCUACAUCAGCAGAACCUGACAAGUGGGUCCCAAUUGUAAACCAUCAAUUUCUGACACACGACGAAGCUGCAAAUGGUAAAUUCAGAGAUCAAGUGCAAAUAUUCACAAAGAAGGAACUUAAUCCAGAGACGAUAAAAAUAAAAUUUGACCGUGUCAAAGUAACUUGUAUGCAGUCUGCAAAUUUAAAAGAGUUAUUUGGCUUAUCUUUCAUUGUAUUGAAAACAGAAGUUGUGGUUGAUUUAGGAUUGGAUGUAUUUGGAAGAUUUAAACUGAAACAGCCAGAAGAGAACAAUGCUAAAUCAUCUCUGAAUGAUUUCAAAGAGAAAUACUUAAAAAUGAUUGAUAACAAGAAAACAGAUUACAAAGGAAGUUUACUAGCAAAAGUCAAAGAAACUGGGAUGAGUAAUUUUUCUAAGAGACAAGAAGAGGACAGGGAACCAAUGAAAAGACCUUUAUUAGAAAAACUGGAGGCAGGAAAAGCUGAAGAAGUGUUUGGAAAGAAAGAUACAGAUUCAGCUUUAUUGAAUAGCUCUAAAGUCAAAGAUGAAAAAACUACAACUGAUGAGCCAGUAGUGAGAACUCCAUUUGGGGAUGUUGUACCUUCACCCUCAUCCAAAACAAAUAAAAAGGACACAAAAAAUGAAAAUGAAGCUCACAGUAAAAAUUCUAGGAAACGUUCCUUAACUCCGGAAGAAAGUUCGUCAAAAGAAAACAUAAUUAAAAAGAAGCAAAAUUGCCCUCAGUGCCAAGAUGAAUCAGAAAACAAAAUUUGUAAAAAUUGUGGAAAAGUGCCUCCACCCAAGCCUAUAGAUAGACCAGAAAGACCUGCAAAGAAGAAUGCUGUGAAGGCACAGAAACCAAAAAAACCAUUUUCUAAACUUUUUGAGGAUGUUUCAUUUUCACUCAGUGGAUAUGUUAAUCCACAAAGGGAUGAAAUAAGGAAAAAAGCUCUUCAAAUGGGAGCAAGGUACAUUGCUGAUCCUAAUACAACUAAUAAAAAAUGUACCCAUCUGAUUUGUGCCUUUAAAAAUACUCCAAAGUAUCAACAGUUAAAAGGCCAUUCUAAAAUUGUUUCACAUGAUUUCAUUGAAGAUUGUUUUAAUGAAAAAAUAAGAUUUCCGUGGAGGCGUUAUGCUUUGGAUAGAAAAGCAAGAGCUGAACCUGAAAGUGAAGAAGAAAUAGUAGGUAGUUCAUCACCACCAAGAACAUCUAAUGUAUUUGAAGAAGAUACUGAUUCGGAUUCUAAUUAUUGAAUAAUCGUUCAUUCAUUUUGCUACAUACAAAAAAUAACUGCUGGCACAGAAUUUUACUCAAUAUGUACAUAAUUAAUUAAUUUUCAUGUAAAAAUAUUUUAUUUGCGGAUGAAAUGUAAUGAAUCUGUUAAUAUAAUCUCAAUUUUUGUAAGCUUUAAAAUACAAGUGAAUAACUAUAAAAUGUAUUUUAAUAAAAAUUGUUUCCUAACUUUUGAUAUUCUAAUAAACAUUUGAAUGCAUUAUGAUU